AUGAAAAUUGAUUCGGGCAUUCUAAAGCCACCAUUCUUCCAUCCCCAUGCUCCACAUUAUUACAGUUACGGUGUAAUAGGAUUUAUCAUUGGACACGAGUUCACCCAUAGCGUCAGCGGCCAUGGUUUGCAGUUUGAUGAACGCGGGUUUUUACGCUCAUGGGCAACCGCCACGGCGACAGCGGCAUUCAACGUUAAGAACGCAGGUAUUGUAGAGCAGUAUAACAACUAUACCACGCCUGCGGGGAAAGUGAACGGGGAGGAGACUUUGAGUGAAAAUAUUGCGGACAACGGAGGCAUCCGCGCUGCUUACGAAGCGUAUCGUCGCCAUUUGGAGAGACUGCCGUAUGGUGAAGACGUCAUUAAAGAGCUAGAGAACUAUUCGCCGGAUCAACUCUUCUUCCUCUCUACGGCGCAGGCGUUUUGUUACAAAACACGGCCGGGAGAGGAACAUAUUCCCUUAUUUACCAACCGGCAUUCCCCACCGAAAUGGAGAAUCAAUGGAAUGAUGUCGAACAUGCGGGAGUUUGCUGCUGCAUUUAACUGUUCGACCUCUGCCCGAAUGAAUCCUCGAGAUAAACAAAGUGUGUGGUGAUAGGGAUUCGCUUGCGAUGGUGUAUCACUCUUUGCGAAAAAAACACAAUUCAAAUAAUUUUGCUAACGCAGUUUGUGUGAUGGGUACAAUCCCUGAUCAAGAUAGAGUAGAGGAAGUGUUUUUGCUAUGGAUUUUUGUUUUAAUCAGUUUGUACUUAGUUUACAUUAUUGUGCAUAUAUUAUAUGUACAGUAUUGUAAUACUUACGCAUUACAGCUUCCUUGACUGAGUCACUCUUAAAAUUUUACUACGAGUACUCCUUUAGCACAGUUUUUAUUGAACUAUCCACCAUUUAUCUUUAACUGAUCAUGCUGAUCAUGCGUUAACAGAAUUCUGUAAAUUAA